CUUCUGAACAAGUUCAUUAUUUUGAAUAAUUUCUUGCUGUAUCAACUGAAAUAUUUCAAUUAUUUGUUGUUUAUCUGUAGCGCUUCUUGUUAUUGUGUAAUCCGUACGAUGUAACAUACAUUGAUGUAUUGUACAUAAAUCAACCUCUUAGUGUGGCUUAGCAACAAUAAUCUUGACUGCUGGGCCACAAAGGCUGCCUCCCCCAGCGUAAAAAAAAAAAACAACUCCGUUGAGUCAGCGUCGGCUCCGCUUUCAGCCCACUUCACCAUCAUUCCUUCGCCUUCCACGGCUCUAAAAAAAGGACAUCUAUAUCAAAUCAAAUAGCUCACGAGCGCAAUUGCAUUCUAACCUUUUUUUCCCUUAAACUUUCUCCAACAAACCUUUCUCCACACGAACAACCUUAACAACAAACCCGCGCAUCCAAACCAAAAGUCGACUUCCUGAAUUUAAAUCCAAUUUGUCGACCAUCGACUUACACCGAUUUUUACUAUUACUACUACCACUACUACUCAACAAUCAAUCAAUCAAUCCCUGUUUUCACCAUGUCUGACGAAUGGGACUCGGUUACCAAGAUCGGUAGCAAGGCUCGCGGCGGCGCGUCGCAGCGAGAGACCGUCCUGCGAAGCAGUUCCGCGAUAAACGCCGCCAAGCGCGCCGGAAGCGCCAUCACGACCGAGAAGAAGUACUCGACAGGCAAUGCUGUCGGCAAAGGACCCGAAGGCCAACGCCUGACGAAGGUCGACCGCAGCGACGACAUCGUCAAGCCGAACACGGUGGGCAAGCAGGUCGGGGACGCCAUCAGCCAGACGCGGCAGAAGAUGGAGCCCAAGAUGACGCAGAAGGACCUGGCGACCAAGUGCAAUACCACCCCCUCCGUCGUCGCCGACUUCGAGCGCGGCACCGCCAUCCCCGACCAGAAGAUCCUCGCCGCCAUGGAGCGCGUCCUCAACGUCAAGCUCAGGGGCGCCGGCAUCGGCGAGCCCAAGUUCAAGCCCAAGGAGAAGAAAUGAGCGCGGGGCCCAAUCCCAAUCCCCUCCCCUCGAUCCCCCAAUCAAUCAAUCAAUCUCUUUCUCUAUUCGAUAGU